AUGCAGAUAGACGAUGCGCCAGUACGACUGGACAUGUGCAGGACCUUACUAGAAGACGAGAAAUGCAAUCGUACUAUGCCCAUCAUGAAUGGACACUAUCCGGCAACGAAACCAGACGACCGACUAGUCGUACGUAUCAGUCCGGAUCGAGGAAAAUAUUUCACGACGUCAACGGAAUUCUACCCGUACAACUGUCAUAUUUUGAAAAAUGGCGAACUCACAACGGAGGAGAACGCUUUCGUUUUAGGAGGAUGCCCUCACAAGAAAAAUGUGGCUAUCUACCAGUCGAAAAUUCCCAUAAGAGUUGAGUUUACCAUGCGAGAUGUGCUCGAAGAGUUUCAAACGCAGAUGAGCGGUAACUAUAUUGUAAAAUGCGUUGUAGCCGAAUGCUCCAGAAUGAAAUCAUAUAAUUUUUUAUGGUACGUCAUCCCUUAUUGCUCCAGUUUGCAGAAGUGCCCUGCCUACGACCACUGUGAGAGGGGAAUUGAAUGGAAUCCUGGUGUUCAACACGUCAACGUCUACCAAACACCUGCAGCUAUUAAAAUGAGAUUCUAUCCCAUGUAUCAAAGUGCCCAUCGACACUGA